UCUCGAAGCAAGGUCACGCAGAGGUCAAAGGCAUAGAGCGUCACUGUGCCGUCGCAGGACAGUAGGUGACCCACAUCCCGGCUGGGGUCGCGGGGUCACGGUCACGGCCACGCGGAAGUGCUGCGGCCUUGACAUCAUUUCCGCGCUCAUAUUUGUGCUUCUGUUAAACUUCGUGUAUUAAAGGAUUAAUGGAUUAAGUGUCGAACUUUUCAACUUUAUAAUAUUUUCACGUUUAAAAAACAUAUUUGCUAUUACGUCAAGACAAAAAACAUGCAUAUUUUUCAUGUAUUAAUUGUAUUUAAACUAAAGCAUGUGAAGGGGUAGGAGGCAGUGGCGGGCUGUUGAGGACACACAGACAAACAGAUACACAAUGUCCUUCAAGUCCUCAUCGUCACCACCCUCCCUCUCUCCCUAACUCCCUCUCUCUCUCUCUCUCUCUCCCCUCACCCGCUCCUCGGUGCUUUUUUCCUGAUGCGCGGGGCGGCGUGGGGAUGAGAGGCCCGGCUGACGUGGUGCCCGGAGAGGCCUGUGGCGAGAUAUUGCGUCAGUGAACCCUGGCACCCCUGACGAGGCUCCCAAGGCCAAGGUGAGGGUGCCAGGCUGCUGCGAGGCGCUGCAAUUUAACCCCCCAUGACUUACUCUCACCCCGCUGUCCCCUGUCACCUCUCCGCCUCACCUGGACACCUCACCUGGGCAGCCUGAGAUUGAGCGGCCAGUGGUGAAUGAAUCCUCUUGUUUAUGUUGCUUGAAUUUUAACCCAAGUCGACCUCUGGCAGUUACUGAGUGCCAACAGGGAGGCGGCGGAGGUUCUCAGGGACAAUUGUUAUGUAUAUUCCUGCUGAGUCUUGACGAAAUAACCUGCCGGGGGAGGCCGAGUGUCAGGAGGAACCCAGCCAACCGGACGGCAGAGAAGGAGCGAAGUCGUUCUUACUUAUCCUGUGAUGAAGUGACGUCACUGUAAUGAAAGCCCCGCGUCGCAGCCUCGGGUGGUGCUGUAAUGGCCCGACCUGGGGAGUCACGGGGAGGCGGUGUCUGAUUCAUUGAGGGAACAAAAGUCUCCAGUAACACCGUGAGGGAUUCACUGGGGAGAAAAAUGACAGCCGUGCCACACGUCAAAUUCUGAUCAAUAGUGUUCGGUGGACCCAGCGGAGCGAGGUGAAUGCCCUUCCUGCUCCACCGACACCAAGGACGAGGCGGAAUUGCAAAAAAAAAAUCGUAAUAAUUCACAUUGCUGGGAGAUCAUUAGGCGUCAAGUCACGUCUCAAUAAUAUUAUUAGAAGCACCACGGCCACGCCAUCUCCUGCUAUCAUCACUGUCCUUACUUCCCAAUGCCUCACUCAGCGGCGUGUGGCAACCCUAACCUUGCCAGAGGGACGACGCUUGGAGUUUCAGUACUUAGCGAUCACACACACACAGCCGCACACGAACACACACCCCUCGCCCCUCGCCCGCUGCCUCCACGCUAAGCCACUCUCAUGCAUGCCACUCCGCACGCCGCCCCGAGCCUUGUACGUCGCCGAGAUGGACACGGACACGCUGAGUGGCUGCGUUCCUUGACGUGCUAGUGACUGAGGAACGCAGGAACACAGGACACGCGAGGCUAAAGUGCGGUGCAGCAGCGAGACUUGAGCGAGUUUUGAACGCUGCAAGUUUGUUUUUUUUUUUUCGCUUUGACUUGGUGUUUGUGUGUGUUUGUGUCAGACUGCUGGGAGUGUUUAGAUUCCCUUACACUUGUGGAGCUCUCGAGUGACGCACGUGGCUUGAAAAGUAGUUAGGUGACAGUGCGAAGAAGAGAGAGAAAAAAAUAAUAAGAUGCCGUGAUAUACCAAGGAACAGGAAGGAGAGAAGAAAAAAAGUAAAGAAUAUUACAACAGUUUGAUUUAGUCUUGCUCAACGAGGAAAGACGAGCGAAGGUCACGCCACGAGGAAGAGUGAGAGAGUGAGUGAGUGAGUGAGAGGACUGAGGGAGAGACAAGUCGCAGUGAAAGUGAAGGAGCUUGACGUCCUUAUCACCGGGAGUAUUAGAGACACUGACAGAAUUUUGAGGCCCCGAGGAGACAGCUGCCCGCCUUGCCGCGCCUCGUCAUGUGUUAUUGCUCCCGCUGAGUCGCCUACAGAUGCCAGCCAAAAUGGGUGAGGAGUGGGACAUUGACUCAAUCAAGGAGGAGGACUGGGAGGAGAGGGCCGUGUACCUGGUGCCUGACACGCCCACAGAGGAGACCUGCCCCAACCAUGCCACGCUCUCCCUCCCUCGCAACCUCGUCCUCAAAGCCUCCGGAACCAUUUCAGACGUCAUGGGUAUCUGGAGCACUGACUACAUCCCCAGAGGAACACGAUUCGGGCCUCUGGUGGGCAAACGCUACGCCAAGGAUGAGGUUCCCAAGACUGCCAACAGGAAAUACUUCUGGCGGGUGGAUCUGGGCCUGGGAAAGCGAGUGGAGGUAUAUCGAGGGGACGAGCUAUACUACUACAUCGACGGCUACGACACCAGCAGAGCCAACUGGAUGCGUUACGUGAAUCCUGCCUACAGCUCAGAGUCUCAGAACCUUAUUGCCUGCCAGUACAAGUCCAACAUUUACUUCUACACCAUCAAGCCGAUCCUGCCCAACCAAGAGCUGCUGGUGUGGUACUGCAAGGAGUUCGCCACCAGACUGAACUACCCGCUCACCGGCGAACAGAUGCUGCUGAAGAUCCGCCAGCAGGUGAGCGAGGUGGAGGUGAAGGACGAGCCGGAGGAGUCAGUGGCCAAGGCUUCCACCACCACCGCCACCACCACGUCCCCGGCACGUUCCGCCUCUGCCGCGUCCCCCACCACGUUCGAGACGCGCCACGGCCAGCUGACCCCCACGGAGGGCUCGGUGCGGUCAGACGAAGGUUAUGACAGCAACGGCUACCACCAGGACUUCAACCUGCCCGAGGACUCUUCGGACUCUGAGGGGGACAACAACUACGUGCUGGACUUUAGUAAGAAGAGGAAGGAGUCUCCCACUGAGGAGGAGGAGGAGGCGGAGCUCCGCAACGAGUACCGUAAGGUGAAGAUCAAGAUGUCCCGAGCGUAUCACUACCGCUCCAAGUCCACAGGCUCAGACUCCUCAGAGAAGGAAAAGUCUGUGUCGCCGCCACUGGAGCGCCAGCAGCCUGCCCCCGCCGAGCCCCAGGUGACGCCCAUGCCUGAGCCCGCGCCGCAGCCCCUGCCGCACCCCGUCCACGCCGCGGCGCCCAAGGCUUCGCCCGCCCUCGCCCACCCACCACAGAAGAGAGAGAUCUCUGAGGAUGCCCCCACGCCUCGCCGCACGCCGCCCUACGUGCCGCCACCGCACUACACGCCGCAGUUCAGCGAGCAGCAGGCGCAGCGCAUCGACUCCGUCAUGGAGAAGGAGCAGCGGCCCGAGAGCACCCAGGAGGCGCCCAGCCACGCUGUGCGGCGCUACCAGCUGCCCGAGCCGCCCCUGCGUCGCUCCCCCGAGGCUCCCCGCCCCGCAGAGGCCAUGCGCUCCGAGCCUCGCCCCGCACAGGUGUUCCCAGACUCCCGCAUGCCCGUGCUGCCGGACACCGCCCUGCAGGGCAUCACCAUCACCAAGCACCACGUGUCCCCUGACACCAGGCAGCCGCAGGUCACCGACUCCCGGAUGGGUCUGCCCACCAUGAACCGCCUGCCGCUGCCACAGUCACACGAGGCUCGCCUCCCCCAGGGCCGCCUGCCCCUGCCGCCUAUGUCCAGACUGCCUGGCCUGGCCUCCUCCGUGGCCAGCAUGCCGCCACGCCUCCCUGUCAUGCCGCCACAGGAUCCCCGCGUGACGGUGGCGCCUGACCCGAGGCUGCCGGUCCCACCCGAUACCCGACACCCCGUGCAGCCCGACACGCGGCACCCGGGGCCCCAGGAGCCGCGGCACGCUGUAGCGGCGGACACGCGGCUGCCGGUGCCUCCCGACACGCAAAUGGGCUCCCCGCGGUCCUCGGGCUCCAUCCUGGAGAACAUCCUGCUGCGGCGGCUCGGCGGCAAGGACGAGGCGGACACCACCCACGUGGCCCCCGCCGCGGCGCCGCGGGACCUGAAGGAGCCCGUCCACAUCGCGCUGCCCAGCGACGCGCACUACAAGCCCGACAGCGCCACCAGCACCUCGGGAGCCACUCAGGACUACAGCUACAAGCGGGUUUACUGUAACUCUGACUCCAGCCAGCAGAUCUCACCAGACUCCUCGUCCACACAGAAGCCCGGCUCGGCCUGCUACACCUCGCCGCCACCGCCGCCACAGGUGACCUACGCCACGCAGCCGCCGCCCAACAACCCCGGCUACAGGCCGCCCGUCUCGCAGAUGUUCUCGUCGCCUCACUUCAACAUGUAUUCGUACAACGGCUACAGCGGCAGCAGCGGUAACUUCCCGCCCACCAGUCAGGGCUCCGUGCCCAUGGACCACCGCCUCACCAUCUCCAUCCCCAACAACCAGUCAGGGCAUUCCCCUCCCUCCAGUAACUCCUCCCACUCCUCCCAGGGCUCCCCAUCCUCCCAGGGCUCCUCCUCUCCCACCAAUAGCAAUAGAGGCUACCGCUCGCUGCCCUACCCCCUGCAGAAGAAGGACGGCAAGAUGCAUUACGAGUGCAACGUUUGCUUCAAGACGUUCGGCCAGCUGUCAAACCUGAAGGUGCACCUCAGGACUCACUCCGGCGAGCGCCCCUUCAAGUGCAAUGUGUGCAUCAAGAGCUUCACGCAGCUGGCACACCUGCAGAAGCACCACUUGGUUCACACAGGGGAGAAGCCGCACCAGUGUGACAUCUGCAAGAAAAGGUUCAGCUCCACCUCCAACCUCAAGACGCACAUGCGGCUACAUUCGGGCCAGAAACCGUACGCGUGUGACCUCUGCCCCGCCAAGUUCACGCAGUUCGUUCACCUCAAGUUACACAAGCGACUGCACACCAACGAGCGGCCCUACACCUGCAACACCUGCAACAAGAAGUACAUCAGUGCCUCGGGGCUCAGGACCCACUGGAAGACCACGUCCUGCAAGCCCUCCAGCCCAGAGGAGGAGUUGGCAGUGGAGCGCUCCCCCACGGGCUCCUCCGGCGGCUACGAGUACUGCCCCUCCAUAGCCUCAGCAGGAAGCAGCUUGGAGACCGCGGACACCAGCAGCAUGGACGGCCUGCCCACCUCCCCCCACAGGCACGACAUGCACGACGCCCACGACUACGACCCCAAGAGCCCCUCCUACAUGAUCCCCGAGGAGCUCAUCAAACAGUCCCAGGAAGAGCUGAAGAAUUACAACCAGGACAUUAAGUGUGAGACGGACACCAGACCCUCGGUGAUUGAAUCCUCCGCCCACCACGCCAUUGAGUGCACGUAGAAAACGGAUCAGAAAGAGAGAGAGAAAGAGAGAAAACGAGACUUCGAGACGUACACUGAAGUAAACUUUUUAACACACCGCCGCAUUCUAGUAGACUUUGUAGUGAGCGCUGAUUGUGGUGGUGGUAGUGAGGAGUGAGUAGUGGUGUUGGCCCUGAACGCUUGUGAGUGAGUGGGUUGGCCGCUUCUUUCUCUCUCUACGUGGGAAGAAAAGUCUGAAGUGGAGAAGUGUUACAGUGCAAGACUUGAGUUGAAACAGACGCACUUCUUUGGUGGAUCUCCUCACAGUCGGGCAUACACAUAUUCCUCUUGCCUCCUCUUUGCUCCUCUCGCUGUCUAUACUCAACGCUGUUAUCUAUACUCAAAGGAAACAACGCUAGAAAGUAUAAAAACAACAAAAGCACGUAAUUACGCGCAAAGCAAAAUACAUUUAUCAAAGUAUACCUAAUUAUUCCCUAACGAGAGAUUGAAAGAAAUUUAUUCCAUUAUCGGCAUUAUUGAUGAAGCAGCUCACCACCGAUCUUUGUUUUGUUCUCUCCCAGUGGCAUUCGCAGUAGUAAAGACCCCCUUUUUUUUAUUAUUUAUUUUAUCUGAAAGGAGACCGGGAAUCGAGUGGCUGGACCGAGGCGACAUAUCAUAUUAAAAUUAGCACUUAUUCUUCCACCGACUGUCAGAGCACUCGGUAACCUUAGGGCCUUAGGGAUUAUAGUACAUUACCUUAACUUUACUUUACCUUUCGCUCACCCGUGACGAAACGAGACGCAAGACAGUACAUGCAUAGGCAGUGACUUGUAGUAUUAAAAAAAACGACUUAAGAUUGUGAUUCAAGUAUUAUUAUUUUACUUUCUGGUUUGUGACUGGAGAUUUUUUGAGGUUUUAUAAAGUUUUUUUUUUUUUUAUCUUUUUACUUUCGUGCGUCAGUUUGCGAUGAAGAGAUUAAAGAAGAGUGAUCAGGAGGCUACAACGGUCUCUGCUGGCACUCUUAGUUCAGUAAACGCCCACGGUAGACUGACAGAACCGCUGAUUUCACUGACCGACGCUCCUGACGCAAUGCUGACUGACACACCAGUAUUUGUAGGGGAUUAUGGGAUAGAUAACUCGAGGCUAACUGACUUCACAGAUUCAGGAAGGUACAAAAUGAACGACUGUUUACUGACUGUCAGACUUGAUGAUUUUCUGACUGACUCUUCUGAUACGGUGCCAAGCUAUAUUGCUGACAUUACACUUGCUGACUCAGUUGACUGGAGAUUGAGUGACUUGUCUGAUGAGCAACUGGGUGAUUCAGAUGUUGACUUACUGACUGAGGCAGGUGAUGUGUCGACUGACUUACAUGAAGACGCCUUGAUCGAAGACAUUGAUGCUGUGUUGACUGACUCAGCUUAUUGUUAUUUUAUGGAAGACACGUGUUUUUCUGACUCUGCUGACUCGAUGCUGACUGACUUAUCCCUGAUUGACUCUGACUCCGUGACUGACACUGUGAUACCCGACACAGACUUGGCUGAAAUGGUAUUGACUGACGACUCAGCUGCACCUCACACACUGCUGACUGCUGGAGACUUACAUGACAACACAUUAACAGACAUGACUAAUACAAGACUGACUGACCCCAACUCAACUGACAUGGCCGAUACACUGAUGACUGACAUAAACCUGACCAACACUGUAUUGACUGACACACACUUCACUGAACUUCCAUUGAGUGACUCAGUAGACGCCAUGUUGACUGACACAGCUAACCAAAUACUGACUGACACACCUCUAACUGACUUAACUGACAACACUGACGCCUUGUCUGACACAGCUGCCACAAUGCUGUCUGAUUUGACUGACUUAACUCUGGUGACUGAACCUGAGGACAUGGAUCACGCGAAAUUGACUGAAACACACCAUUUGCUACUGAAUUACAGAGACACUGCAAUAUAUGACUCGGAUGACACUUACUCACUGAAUGAUGAUGAUGACGCUCGACUGAGUGAUAUAACAGACACUUUACUGACUGAGAAUUAUUACAGUGUCUUGACUGACCUUGAUGAGUCUUUACUGAAUGAAAGUGACAAGGAUGAAUCUGAUUUGGAUGUUUCACUGACUUUUACUUCGCAGACUGAAACUUUACUGACAGAGAUGGACGACUCUUCACUGACUGAUAAUUUGGUGACUGAAAUGACUGAAACUUUGCUGACUGAACUGGACGACUUCUCCUUGACUGAACCUAAUGACUCUUCUCUGACUGACUUGACUGACAUAUUACUGACUGUUGACGGUGACGUUUUAUUGACUGAAAUGGAUGAUGACUCACUGACUAACAUGGAUGACUCCUUAUUGACUGACUUGACUGACACUUUACUGACUACUGACGGUGAAGAUUUAUUGACUGAAAUGGAUGAGAGUUUACUGAAGAAUGACUCUGAAAAUAUGUUGACUGAUUCUGCUGACAAUUUAGAAAGUAGGAUGACUGAAUUUGACUGACUGACUAAUGUAAAUUCUACUGAAAUGACAGACGCAUACUGACACAUUGAAAUACACUAAAUUGACCUGCUGACUAGAGUACCAAACCAUAAACUGACUGAUUCACUUGUCUAAUAAUUCUGACUGACGCACACAACUUACUGAAUGCUGACUUCCACAAGAUAUUCGACUGACUCAGUAAAAGUGGACUAGACGACCAGUCAUGACAUCUAGCUGACUGUAAACAAGCCAGUGAUAGAAUGAAACACUACUGCUGAAUGAUGAGUGAUACCUGACUGACUGACUGACUGACUGAGACACAAUACUGACUGACUGAUAAUGAGUUUAGUGUUGACUGAUUGGCUGACUGGAUAUGUUGACUGAUACUGAAUUUGAUUAAUACGGCGUGGACUGAUCAAGUGACUGACUGAUUAACUGACUGACUGACUGACCGGCAUUAUACCCUGACUAAACUAAACCAAAUGCAUCCUACUUAUACUAUGUUGACUGAUGCUAAAUUUGAUAGGCAUUAUGCUAACUGACACAUCGUUGACUCAUUGACUGACUGAAUGACUGACACCAAAUACAACCUACUUAUGCAUACUAUACUGACUGAUACUAAAUCUGACUGGCAUUAUACUGACUGACUGCAUUUAAACUGACUGACUGAGGCUAUACAGAUCUAUACUCGACUGAUAUACAGACUGAUGGUACACUGAAAUGGCCUUUACUGACUGACUGACUGUAGAGGCUGUUCUUACUGACACAUUCAUUGAAAUUUACUGAAGGGAAGGUACAGAUUCAAGUGAUUUGACUGACUUAACUGGAGAGACUUAAUGAUACGUGCCUGAAUUAACACAACAACAAUAACAAUAACAACUACAAGUACAACAACAACAACAAAAUUAACAAACAACGUGUCAGCAUCAGUCUAAUAAUAAUUUGUCGUAAAAUUUACAGUCGUAUUUUUUUUUUCUUUUGGUUAAGAUUUUUUUUUUCUUAGUGAAUUUAGUUUUGCUCAAUUUUUUAGUGGCAAUUAUUCGUGUUUUUUUUCGGAUUAUUUGUAUUAAUUAAUUUUUAUCACCGUUUGCUCUGACAGAAUUCGGUCCAGCGACUCCUCGGCUCUAUUUUUUCAUCUAGAACUUCAUUAUUAUUAUUAUUAUUAUUAUUAUUAUUAUUAUUAUUAUUAUUAUUAUGACAGUAAGUUCUCCAUAAGGGUUGUUAUUAGUUUCAAUUGCAUAGGUUCUCUCACGCCAAUGAUGAUGCUAUAACAUUCUCCUCUCAUGCAGGUUGUUGUUCUCUUACACAACGAGGAAAUGAUUGAUUCUCUCACCACAUCAUCAUCGCCUCAACCCUUUCACUGCCCAACGAUCUUUCCCAUAAUCACUUACAACCUUUCUGAUUAUUUCUGUUUCUAUUUCUGUAACCAUGAGAAGCCAAAUUGACUUCCUCCUCUGCUUUUUUCUUUGUGUCCAAGCAAACAAGUUUAUCAAUGGUGUGAAUGUUCAGACUUACCAGCCAACGCCCCUGGCAGUGAAAGGGUUAAGGGAGACGCUAGACCUCCGCACCUUUACCUUAAUAACCCAACGAGUUACUGUUAUAAUGAUCUGUAGUUGACUCCUUAUUUCUUUCCACUUUUCUGCUCAACGUUCCAGUGACCUGAAGUGGCCUUGUCUCUACCGUCCAUAGCUGUGACCUCACUCACCCCUCUCGCCCGGGGCAGGAGAAUUCGUACCCCUUUUAGAAACUGUUGUACAUUCGGCUCGCAAAUCAAAUGCAUUGCUGAUUUUCGUCUCUGUGCAAAUCUCGCCUGUAAGAAACAUGAUUUUCCUCUUUUUUUUGCUCGGGAACAGUUCUGCCAAACACCCGAGGCAGCCAUUAAGCCGUGAAAUAUAACAGAAACAUUUUGAAUCUCGGCUUAAUAAUUAAUGUCAAAGUUUCUGCAAUGCUACUUUCGUUUCGGUGCAAACUUCGGCAAUCUGAAGCAUGACGUCCAUUAACACCUUACCGAAGAGUAUGAAUGACAGAGCCGGAAAUGUAGGAAGGUGAAGAAUGAGUGCAAUGUUGCCCACGGAGCCGAAUAUCAAGGGUGGUGCCGAAGUGUCCCUCCAAACCCUCCAGUAGAACUCCAGUGUGCAACCCGCAUUUAUUGACCAGGUAUCGGGUCGGGUUCCGGGGUCGCUUGGGGCUUGGUGGAGGAGCAGGAGGGCAGGUGGUGGGGCGCAGGGAAGGGGGUGAGUGCCGCUUGAUUCGGUAGAUACAGUAAAGUGACGCCCUUCACCGUGCCUUCCCUCCGCCCCCCCGCCGCCCCUUCCUUCCCUUCAUCCUCGUGUAUAAAAUGUAAAGUUCAAAUUGUGUAAAUGAUGUACAUACACACACACUUAAUUUAUUCAUCUGUUUCCAAGAGGGAAUCAUUAAUGACUGUGAUUUUUAAGCGUUUUUAUUAUUAUUCUGUUUAUUUCUUCUUCUUUAUCGAUAUAUAUAUUGUAUGCUACUACUGUUACAUAGUCUCGGUUUUAUAUAUAUCUAUAUUUUUGUUCUCCUCUCACUCUUUCCUUAUUUUGUCACUGUCCUUUAUAGAUAUGUUUUAUCCAUUGGUAUAUCAUAUUUGUUUUUAUUCGGCAGCAGUUUCCCUUGUCUCCUUCCCCCGCAGAGUGCUGUUCUUUUGUCAGUCUUGAGGCUCAUGAGACGUGGAUUUUUUUUUUUUUUUUUUAGUAUUUAUUAAUUUAUUUUAUCUAUUGGGGUCUGUUUGUUCUCCAUUAAAACAUUCAUGCUUCACUGAACUAAACAUAUAUACCGAAUUUAAUCUGUGAACAUUCUCUCCCACCGACUUUUCGCUGAUCAUAUUUAUAACAGUUAUUUAUACCAGUGAAACCAAACAUAAUCUGAUUAAUUAUUCCUGUCAUAUGAAAUCAUUAAAUCUUAUUAAAUGAUGUUCUUGAACUUGUAGCGCAUUAAUUUUGCCAAGAAUGUUUUAAAUUGACGAAAUUAUUCAUCUGUACAUAAAUCUUGAAUUAUAAAAGGCAUUUAAUCUCCCUUUAAAAUGAACAACAUUUUUAGAUCAGAAAAGUGUUCAAAAUUUACAAAUACACAAUUUUCUGACAUUCUAUAAGGAAUUUAAAGCAAACCACGUCCAUGAACCACAAAUGAAAACAAAAGACAAAUUAAUCUUUCCCAAUUUCGGCAGCUUUCUUCCUUCAAAGUAAAAAGACCAACACAUGUCUGGUCUUCCUACUCUGCCUCCCUCCCUCCCGGCCGUCGCUACGCAGCAACACGCCCCACACAGCCAGUACAAACCCUCAUGUCGUGCCGUUGGUUCUCUUUCGUAAACAAUUGAAAGAGGACAAGCGCACGAUGUCUAGUAGGCGAUGUUGCUGCUGCUAUUAUUAUUAUUAUUAUUAUUAUUAUUAUUAUUAUUAUUAUUAUUAUUAUUAUUAUUAUUAUUAUCGUUGUUGUUGCUCCCUGCUUGUUAUUUUUUUUCUUGUCCCCUCUCAAAGACUUAAAUGAAAAGAAUAGGAAAGGAAGUGUUUAUUAUUAUUAUUAUUAUUAUUAUUAUUAUUAUUAUUAUUAUUAUUAUUAAUAUCAUAGAUUUAUUCCCUGAUCUCAGUUUCGCGGCACAGGCCUUUGUAAUAUUUUCCCCUAUAAGAAAACACUAGAAUCUUUCAUAUUUAUAAUUUUCUCCACUUGUGCUGCAGAUAUUAUUAUUAUUAUUAUUAUUAUUAUUAUUAUUAUUAUUAUUAUUAUUAUUAUUAUUAUUAUUACUAUCAUCGUCAUCUCUUGCCUUGUUUUCUUCACACGUAAAGUUAACAAUGAUGACCAAUGAUAAUGAUAAUGAUAAUAAUAAUGACAUACCUAAUGGAAGUGAUGACAUUUUACCCUUGUUAUAUUUUCUUCUGUUUUUUUACCCCCCCUUAAUUUUAUUGUUUUAACGGACUUGUACAAAUUGGUUAGUGUCUCUGUUACCUUCCUCCCUUCCCCUCAAGGAGUACAGUAGGGCGCCGGCAAAGAUUACUAGGAGACAGUUAGGUAAAGCUACGUUGUCUGUGUCAGGAGGAAAAGAAAUGGUAGGCACUUCUAUUUUCUGGGUUUGUCUUUUUUUUUUUCUCUCAGUUGACAUGACAGCGUGAGAACAGAAGGAUAGUGUUAAACUGGAUUAUAUUUAUUUUUAUAUGCAAGCCCCAUCUUCCAUCAGCCUCAGACUCCUGCUCAUUCUAGUUGGCAUUAAAGAUAAACAAACGCAGACCUGUGUUUUCCCUGCGUGUCUUCAGUAUUAACGUUUCAAACUCGCGUGGAUCAAACACAAACAAAACGUCGCCAUUUUGACUCAACUCAGGACGGGGUUGGUUGCUCUUGCGACGGAAAAAAAAAAAUGGAAAAGUAUUGAUAAUUCGUCUAAUCUCCAAUUCUUCCCUCCCCGCCGCCUCGUCCAAAGCUGAUGUGACCUUUGUAACUUUUUUUUUCUAAUUAAUAUCAUAUUGAUAUUAUAAUGGUGGAAGGUGCUGGCGUUACUCUAUUUUCAUCUCGUAACAAACUCACGAGACCAGAUGAUGUAUAACAAGAGAUAUUAAAUAAAACUCAAAAUAAA